AUGCCUGAAUCAAUACCCAGAAUUCAUCGAAUCUUAACCUAUCGAGUACACAAAUGGGGGCAUGAAAACUAUCUGAACUUCAGAGAACGACCCGAGUUGUCACCCCCAUGGUGCGAUGCACCAAUAAUGCCCCUUCCGACAGUUCAAGAUAUUGAUCCGAUAUCCGUGCAGGACAUCAUCAUAGGAGAGCUUCCUCCCGUUCGGAAGGAAAGCUCUCAAAACUUCUUUCCAUUAUCUCGACAACAAAAAAUCCUACAUGAACGAAGACUAACGCAAGACAUCCACUCAAACUGGCAGAAGUUAAUGUUGAUGGCGCCAUCCAUAGGAAUGACUACGGUUAUUCCAUCAGUCGCAGGGCGGAAAAGGGCGCAAUCCGAAGCUUUCAGCAAUACUGGGGACACUCUUUUGUUGAAAAAAACCAAGCUCGAUCGAGGUCUCUCUCGUUCUGGGGCAAAUAUCGUUUCUCCGAUCCUUUGGGAUCCGAAGAGAAAGGAGUACAUUUCUUGUGAUUUUUUUCCCUUGCUGUCCAAUGAGCUUGACGAUCGAAUCACCAUUCGCGGUUGGAAUGAUUGCGUUGUUAAUGACAAGACAGGUAGUCCCCGGUACAAGCCCGACACAGGAAAGGGCUUGGAAGAAUCAAUGAUUGUGACUCUGAGCUUUUCCAAUGCAAUGAAGAAUCCUACGGCGACCCUGGAGACCUUCCGUAACUACCACAUAUUCCUUUAUGGCACAAAGACUUCACCUCUCACCUGGUCAUUGAACGACCUAUCUAAGGUUGGCAAUGUCGAUAUUGUCCGAGAGGUCCAAGAUCAUCAAAGGCGAAGCUCCGACCAGACAAAGGACUAUCUUCACGUCAAUCUUUCCUUACACGAAAUAUAUGAGGAAGGCCUGGAAGAUGAAGGACGUGUUUUAAACGCACUCUCUCUGCCCUGCAGCACUUCUGAAACUGGACACCCUUUACAAUUGAUUGUAUCAAGCCACAUCAGAGCCUUUGAGCAGACAUCUGACCUUCCAGAAGAUAUCUUCGAUGCCAGUUAUCCAAUCUCAGCAACAAAUUUCUGGUUAGUCGCGACGAAAGGAGUGAUCAGUUAUAUUCAUUCUGAUUGUCACGGUGUUGGUACCUUCGUGGAAGUUCUUUGUGGGCAGAAGUUGUGGUAUGUGUUUCAGCAUCAUGGGAGUCGAAGACAAGACAGUCAUAUAGACGAGUAUAUGGGUGAUUGGGCGCCUGGAUUUAUUCCGGAUCCUAGGGAAUGGGAGGCCGAAGUUGUUUUGCUGGAACCCGGCUCUGCCUUUUAUAUGCAUCCGGAUACUCAUCAUGCUGUUCUGACGCUCGAGAACUGCAUUGUGAGGGGCGGUCAUUUCUAUUCCACCGUUACCCUUUCGAAAACCAUCUCGGGCUGGGUUCAUACGUGUAUGCUUGGGUACAGGAUCAUCAAUGUUGUACACCCGGAGCUUCAUCAGCUCCUCCUUCGUAUGAUGUGUUACUUUCACACCGUUAUUGGUGAGAAAGGUCCUGAAACUCAAGACACAGACAUUCCCAGUAUAACAAGAGAUGGACUGCUCAAACUCAUUGCGUUGGGAAAUCUGUGUAUAUUCGGAUCAGCCUUACUUCCUUGCAUCCUGCCAGACUCCGCCGAUGCCACGAGGCCCGCAAUCACCAUGGCCGUAGGUGCCUACAUAUCCAUAAUCCGGCAUCUGCGGGUGGAUUUUGGUUUAGUUUUCCUUGCAGAAAAUAAUGCCGUCGAGCCCUCCAUCGAUUCCACCAUCCUUGUUGACAACAAAUUAAGCGUCUAUGCUCGGUUUCUCGACAUUGGGGAUUUUGCUAGAAGCUCCAUGGCUCACUUUGGGCAUUCUUUGAUCUUCUACGCUCGAAAGGCUUUAAGAGUGCGCAAGGCUCAGGGAGAACAUGAAUCCCUCAUGUUUAAUUUUGAUUCAUUUCGUCAAGAUGUUGCAAAUUCGUUGGAGACCUUUUUGCAAAUGGAGCUGACCACUGACUUUCUCCAUGCGCCCAUAUUUUUGGUUCGCAAGAAAGUUGACCUCCUUGAUCCGGGUGCCUAUUUCGACUGGAAUACAGCCACCAAUUUUGAUUGCUCUGACGUUGAAGAUGAUAUAGAUGAUAGUGAUGGAGAUGACCAUGAAUUAGGAAAGAAAGAGGAUGGCCACGGCAGAGAUGACAGUGGGUCAAAGGACGAUGAUACAGAGAAAAAGAAGGAUGCUCCCGAGGAGCUUCAGGAAUCUGACGUCAAGUCAGAACCAAUGUCAGGUGAGGAUGAAUCUAUGCACUCGGAGUACAUGCCAAGCAAGUCCGUUCUAUAA